CUUCGAGCUGCUUCUAGAAACUAUAAAGGGCAUUAGAGUAGCUAGGUGUCUAUCCGGUUUUUGACUAUCAUAACUAUCGGCGUGUUCGUCUGGUCACGAUGCAACGCUUCUGUCCUCUUGCGGCUGCGGUUUUGGACUGUGAAAUGCUGUUUUGGACUACUAGUGCCCACGAUUCUGGGACAGCAUAUUAUUUGAGAUCCGGCCUUGGUGGGAUGCCUGUUGAGCCGUGUUCGGCCAAAUCUGGAGCCAGAGAGAAUAUAAUACAUGACAGUCAGCCGGUUCUUGAUGACCUGAAUAUAAAAAAGGUUUCGGGCUGACUUUGAAUUUCUUGUCUGUAUCAGUCCUCAGUCGUCUGGCUGGAUAUCGAUGGCGUUCAUGUGAUUGAACAACGCUAUCUGCCAGGUCCAGCUACUCUUU